CAGACAGAAGAAGUUGAUAAGAACAAAUAACAACGAUACGGUUUUUCUUUUUUUCUUUCUUCUUCCCUAAACACUCACUUGCUAUCUCAAUUCUCGUUCAUCAGCGCUGUCGUUUAUUCCUCGCUUGCAUUGCAUUGCAUUGCUAUCGGAAAACGACAACGCUACUGCGCACCGUUUUCUCUUCCCGCUCCGUCGUUCCUUUCUGCAAAUAACCUAUCGUAUGGGAAACGCUAACGGCAGAGAAGACGGAGCUAUUGCCGGCGGUGGAGAUCUCUCCGCCGCUGAAUCCACUGUCCGUGGAACUCACGCGCCGGAUUCUCGGCCUCCGGUUCGGGCCUUCUCCUCCGAUUCAAUGGCCAAUAGCCCGCCGCAGAGUCCUCGCCGCUCCCGAUCGCCGAUCCUCUUCGGUCCUCAGGUUCCACUAGCUCCAUUACAGAGAGGCAAUGGCCCUCCUUUUCUCAAUCAAAUGUGGCAGAAUGAAUCUCAUAGUAUUGUUAAUCAACCUCCUGAGCAUGCGAUCCCCGUGAUGAUUACAUGGAACUUUGGUGGUAACAAUGUGGCUGUGGAGGGAUCUUGGGAUAACUGGACUUCUAAGAAGGCAUUGCAACGAGCUGGCAAGGAUCACUCAAUUCUUUUAGUCCUUCCAUCAGGCAUAUAUCAUUACAGGUUCAUUGUUGAUGGUGAAGAGAGAUAUAUUCCAGAUCUUCCUUGUGUAGCCGAUGAGAUGGGGCAUGUCUGCAAUCUUCUUGAUGUUAAUGAUUAUGUGCCAGAAAACCCUGAAGGUGUGACUGAGUUUGAGGCCCCACCCUCCCCCGAAUCCAGUUAUGGCCAAGCAUUUCCGGCUGAGGAAGACUUUGCAAAAGAGCCAAUGGCUGUUCCUUCACAGUUGCAUCUUACUGUCCUAGGUAUGGAGAACUCUGACACAAGUUCCUCUUCAAAGCCACAACAUGUUGUGCUAAAUCACGUCUUCAUAGAGAAAAACUUGGCUUCCAAAUCUGUUGUUGCCCUGGGACUGACUCACAGGUUCCAGUCCAAAUAUGUGACAGUUGUCCUUUACAAACCACUGAAGAGGUAAAUAUGUGACGCUUGUCAAUUAUAUAAUCCUUUUCUUUCUUUUUUCUUUUUUUUGGUAGCUUCAGUCUGUAAAAAUGAGAAGUUUAAAUAAUACUCCCCCAACAGGGUAUGUGAAGGUCUUGUGUCAAUAGAUAUGCUUAAGAGUAACUCGGCUUCUGUUUCGUUUUGAUACAUCAAACUUUUUGCUUUUCAAUAACUUUCUGUUGUUUCUUUUACUUCUAGAAUUAUUGAAAUAUCAAUAGGUUGCCUUAAAAAUUACGUUGGUAUUGGGGACGUGGUGGUAGUGGUACUGGUCACAAUUAUGGUUUUUGGAUUAUAAUCAGAUUAUUGUACGCCGGCGAAAGUAGUAGCUGAAACAUUGGUUUAGUUUAGUGCAUGUGAUCUGCAGAAACUCGUUUGCCGUGUACAUCCUACGAUUCAUUUUUCUCUCCCUUUUGUGUUUGGUACUAGGUUAGAUUGUGCAUGUUUUUGGUUUAACUUAAUUUCUUAAUUUGGAGAAAUAGUUAUUUCUUUAAAGAAAUUUUUUGAAAGAUAAGUGAUUAUUUCUCUAAAAUCUUGUUGAACCAAACGUGCCAUAAACUGUCAACUUAAUUUCUGUUUGAUUUUUCUAAUAAUAAACUCGGAGUGAAGUUCCUGUUACUUUUUUUGGGGCCAACUAAUGAAGUAUGAAAUAGAGAUUUUGUUGCGUCUGGGGCUGUAGCAGUACUUGAAUGGAGCAGUGGCGCAUUAGAAAUAGACUACAGAGAUGACGGCGGAAAACUUGUGUUCAGUAUCGAUGCUAUAGCAAUGGUAGUCGGGUUUUUGCAAAGUCGUAGCAACAAAGAGGAGUGGAUAAACGAGACCAAUUGGUGAGAAACGUAGAAAAAAGAACGGUGGAAGAAAAUUUACACCACUGUGGAGUGGGAUGAUACUUGUGCUCAAAAGAAGGAUAUAAUACUUGCAUAAAAUUUCCCCUUAAAAAAAAUGGAAACCAAACGUAUCAUUUUUCGAAAAUUUACUCCUAAAAUUUCUCCUUACUCUUACCGGACAUAAUCAUAGAAGUAACAAUUGAGAUGUUCUUAAAAGAAGAAUGUUAAUUUUUAAGGUUGUAUUAGAAUAUUAAUAAUGGAUAUAAUGAAAUAGAAUCAUCAUGAUAGGAAUUUGCGCGGGGAACGGAGGGAAAGGAAAGUUAAGAAUAAGGAAAUUUUCUUAAUCUUGUAUGUGAAUUAAUAUUAAAGCAGAGGAUGCUAACACAUUCUCUUUUUUAACAUUACUUUUUAGAUUUUGCUUCGGUAUUCACCCUCCCUACCAAUAAAUUUAAAAUUUUUAUUUAUAUUUGAUGUUUAAAGCCUUAUUUUUCAAAAAUGUAAAUCCUAUUAGAAUAUUGAACAGUAUUUUUAUUCUUAUUCUUUUAAUUAAACUCCUCAGACUUCCCC